AUGGCGGGCGGCGGGAGCCGGAGCGGGCCGGGCGGGGCGCGCGACGCCGAGCAGGCCGAGUCCUACGCGCUGCGCCAGGGCCACGAGCUGCAGGUGCUGGAGGCCAUCUACGGGCACGACUUCCGAGACCUAAGGCGGGGCUGCCCGGCACAGGCGAAGGAGCCGCCCGAAAUCAAUUUAGUGCUCCGCCCUCAAGGGCUGACCGGCGACAACGAAAUCUACGUGAAAGUGGACCUGAGGGUCAAGUGUCCGCAGAACUAUCCAGAUGUAGUCCCCGAAAUCGAGCUGGAGAACACAAAGGGUCUUUCCAAUGAAAGCAUCAAUGCAUUAAAAUCCAGCUUGGAAGAACUGGCCAAGGAGCGCUGUGGAGAGGUGAUGAUAUUUGAGUUGGCCGAUCACGUGCAGUCGUUCCUCAGCGAGCACAACAAGCCGCCUUCCAAGUCUUUCCAUGAUGAGAUGCUGAAGAAUCAACAAAAGCUGCAGGAGAGACAGGCCUGGGAGGAGCAACAGAGGAUGCUGGAAGCCGAGCGGCAAGAGGAGCAGAGGCAACGGGAAAUCCUUGAUGAAAUUCAGAGAAGGGAAGAGGAGAAAAGAGAAGAAAAAAAAAGGAAGGAAAUGGCAAAGCAGGAGCGUCUGGAGGUGGCCAGUUCCACGCACCAAGAUGCCACUACCAGGAAAGAGCCGGCAAGGCCCAGAGCAGGCGUGAACCUGAAUGGCGGAACUAAGGAGCAGGGAGGACAGGUCAAACACCGGGCCAACUCCACCGGGCGAUCCAGGCGAGACCGGCAUCAUUCGGUGUGUAGCAGUGAAGAUUCCCCGGGCUGCGGUGAAGUCCUGUAUUUCAACGCGGGCUCCCCCUGCCAGCUCACCGUGCACAAAGGGAAAUGUAUCGAGAACGACGCGGAGUUGGAGAAGCAGGUCUACAACGCCUUGGAAGUGACCACGGGGAACUUCGUCCUGGUCUACGAGUGGGUCCUGCGGUGGCCCAAAACCAAGGGACCGUUCCUCACGAGCCAAGAGAAGGAGAAAGUGGAGAAAUACCGGAAGCAGAUCCAGGGAGCGGAGACGGAGUUCAGUUCGCUGGUGAAGCUGAGCCACCCGAACCUCGUGCGCUACCUGGCGAUGUCGCUGCGGGAGCAGGCCGACGCGACGGUGGUGGCCGUCCUGGUGGAGCACGGCGGCGGCCUCCCCUUGUCUGCCCCCCUGAGCCGCGGGACCCCGGUACCCGGCGACCGGCUGCGCCGUUACGCCGCCCAGCUCCUGGCCGGCUUGGACUACCUGCAUCGCAACUCGGUGGUGCACAAGGCCCUGGGCCCCGCGCGGGUCCUGGUGGACCCCGAGGGCCACGUCAGGAUGACGGACCACAGCAUCUCCAAGCGCCUGGCGGACAUCUGCAGGGACGGGGCGCCGGAGCCGGCCCGGGUGCGCUUCAGCGAGGACCCCCUGCCCGGCCGGCCCGGGAAGAAGGGUGACAUCUGGCAGCUGGGCCUCCUGCUGCUCUCGCUCAGCCAGGGCCGGGAAGCCAAGGAGUUCCCAGUCACCGUGCCCCGAGACCUGCCGGCCGACUUCCGGGAUUUCCUGAAAAAGUGCGUCUGCUCGGAGGACAAGGAGCGGUGGAGUCCCCAGCAGCUGUUGACACAUCGCUUCCUCAACCCCCCUCCGCCGAACACACCCGCGGUGGAAGACAGCGACGAUUCGGCAGAGGUCGACUGCAUCGACACCGUCAUCCCCAGGAGCCUUCUCCCCAGCGCGGCCUGCCUCAGCGAGACGCAGCGCCAGUUUUCUCGCUACUUCACCGAGUUCGAAGAGCUGCAGCUCCUCGGGAAGGGAGCGUUCGGCGCCGUGAUCAAGGUCCAGAACAAGCUGGACGGCUGCUGCUACGCGGUGAAGCGCGUCUCCAUCAGCCCCGCCAGCAAGCAGUUCCGGCGCAUCAAGGGGGAGGUGACGCUGCUCUCCCGCCUGAACCAUGAGAACAUCGUGCGCUACUACAACGCCUGGAUCGAGAGACACGAGAGGCCGCUGCCCGGCUCGCCGGGGCCCGCCCCGGCGGAGGGGAAGCCGGCCCGCCCCGGGCCCCACCUGGAUGGGAUGGGGCUCCCGGCGGGCGACGUGGAAACCAGCGCCCCGCCCCCGGUGCUGACCAGCUCGGUGGAGUGGAGCACCUCGUGCGAGCGGUCCCCCGGGGCCUUCGCGGGGACCGGCCCGGAGUCCAGCGACGAGGACGAGGACGAUGACGAUGAAGACGGCCGGGACGGCGUCUUCUCCCAGUCGUUUCUCCCCGCCACAGAUUCUGAUAGCGACAUCAUCUUCGACAACGAAGACGAGAACAGUAAAAGCGCCAGCCCGGAAGAAGAGGGUGCCGAAAAGAACGGCGUCCACAAAGGCAGUGUGUCCUCAGUGACGCAGACUGUCCACUACCUUUACAUCCAGAUGGAGUAUUGUGAGAAGAGCACCCUCCGGGACACCAUCGACCAGGGCCUGUACCAAGAUCCUGUCCGACUCUGGAGGCUUUUCCGGGAAAUCCUGGACGGAUUAACGUACAUCCAUGAGAAAGGGAUGAUUCACAGGGAUUUGAAGCCGGUGAACAUUUUUUUGGAUAGCGACGACCAUGUGAAAAUCGGGGACUUUGGCUUGGCCACGGACCACCCGUUCUCCACGGCAGAAGCCAAAGGGGAAGAUGGGGCGGGCGAUCGACUGAUCAAGUCGGACCCUUCAGGCAACCUGACGGGGAUGGUGGGCACGGCGCUCUAUGUGAGCCCGGAGGUUCAGGGCAGCACCAGGUCGGCGUACAACCAGAAAGUGGAUCUGUUCAGCCUCGGCAUCAUCUUCUUUGAGAUGUGCUAUCGGCCCAUGGCCACGGCGUCGGAGCGGAUCUUCGUCCUCGGCCGACUCAGAGAGCCUACUUCUCCCAAGUUUCCAGAAGAUUUUGACGACGGGAAGCACGCGAAGCAGAAAGCGGUCGUCUCCUGGCUCCUGAACCACGACCCGGCCAAGCGGCCGACGGCCAUGGAGCUGCUGAAGAGCGAGCUGCUGCCCCCGCCUCAGCUGGAGGAGUCGGAGCUGCACGAGGUCCUGCACCACACGCUGGCCAACCCCGACGGCAAGGCCUACCGGACCGUGCUGGCGCGCCUCUUCGCCCAGCGCGUCUCGCCCGCCAUCGACUACACCUACGACAGCGACGUCCUUAAGGGCAGCUUCUCAAUCCGCGCAGCUAAGAUCCAGCAGCAUGUGUGCGAGACCGUCGCUCGCAUCUUUAAGAGACACGGAGCGGUGGAGCUGCCCACCCCCCUGCUGUUGCCCCGCAACAGGCAGAUCUACGAGCAUAACGAGGCGGCCUUGUUCAUGGACCCCAGCGGCACGCUGGUGAUGCUCCCCUAUGACCUCAGGAUCCCUUUUGCCAGAUAUGUGGCAAGAAAUAACAUCUCAAACCUGAAACGGUACUGCAUAGAGCGGGUCUUCCGACCCCGCAAGCUAGAUCGAUGCCACCCCAAGGAGUUACUGGAAUGCGCGUUCGACGUCGUCACUUGCACGGCCAGCAGCUUCUUGCCCGUCACUGAAGUCAUCUACACCAUCUAUGAGAUCAUCCAAGAGUUUCCAGGGCUGCAGGAGAGAAACUACAAUGUCUUCCUGAACCACACAGCCCUGCUCAGGGCCAUCCUCCUGCACUGCGGGGUCCCGGAGGACAAGCUCGGUCAAGUCUACGUCAUCCUGAACGACGCGGUGACGGAGAGGCUGACCCGGCGAGAAGUGGAAGCCAAGUUCUGCAACCUCUCCCUGUCUCCCAACAGCCUGCGUCGGCUGUACACGUUCAUCGAGCAGAAGGGAGACUUGCGGGACCUGAGCCGGACCCUUAACCAGGUGGCCACCCAGAAAAGCGGGGUGGCCCAGCUGGUGAAGCAUGGCGUGAAGGAUCUGGAGGAGGUCGUGGGGCUCCUGAAGAAGCUCGGAGUAAAACUGCAGGUGUCUGUGAACCUGGGCCUGGUGUACAAGGUCCAGCAACACCACGGCGUGAUCUUCCAGUUCGUGGCGUUCAUCAAGCGCCGACAGAAGACGGUGCCCGAGAUCCUGGCGGCCGGCGGCAGAUACGACCACCUGAUCCCCCAGUUCCGAGGCCCCCAGGCCCUGGGACCGGUCCCCUCCGCCAUCGGGGUCAGCGUGGCCAUCGAUCGGAUGGCCGCUGUCGUCGCCAGCAUGGAGGAGUCGGUCACCGUGAGCUCCUGCGACCUCCUGGUCGUGAGUGCCGGCCAGCUGUCCAUGCCGAGGGCCAUCGGCAUCACCCAGAAACUUUGGACGGCGGGCAUCGCGGCCGACAUCAUGUACGACUGGUCCCAGUCCCAGGAGGAGCUGCAGCUGCACUGCAGGCUCCACGAGAUCUCCUUCGCGGCCCUGGUCUCCGACAAGGAGGGGAGCUACGUGAAGGUGAAGCACUUCGAGAAGGAGCGGCAGACGGAGAAGCGGGUGCUGGAGUCCGACCUCGUCGACCACGUGACCCAGAGGCUGAGGACAAGAGUGUGCGAUGAAAGAAGUCUCAGGGAAGCACCCGACAGCCUGGUGGGACAGAAUGUGAAGGGACCGUCUUCGAACACCUCAGGUCUAUUUGAGAUCCACGGCACCACGGUCGUGCCCAGCGUGAGCAUCCUGGCGCCCGAGAAGCUGUCGGCCAGCGCCAGGCGCCGCUGCGAGACUCAGGUACAAGCCAGGCUCCAGUCCUCACUGGCCAACCUGCACCAGAAAAGCAGUGAGAUCGAAAUUCUGGCCGUGGACCUGCCAAAGGAAACCAUCUUACAGUUUUUAACUCUGGAGUGGGACGCGGACGAACAGGCCUUCAACACCACCGUGAAGCAGCUGCUGUCCCGCCUGCCCAAACAACGCUACCUCAAGCUCGUCUGUGACGAAAUCUACAGCAUCAAGAUGGAAAAAAAGGUUUCGGUGCUGUUCCUGUAUAGCUACCGAGACGAUUAUUACCGCAUCUUGUUUUAGAGGACAACGCCGGCAGGGCUCCAGAACGGGGCCCUUGGAGCCAUCCCCCCGUCACCCGCCCAGAGGAAGGCGGAAAAGCCGACCCAGCCGAACCCCACGGACUGUCUGGGGGGUCUGUAAGAUAAGGCCAGCGAGCUUUUUUGAACUACGGAGUAAACCUUUUCGGUCAAGU